AUGAACCAGCCGCCAGCGCCUCCUCCUCGCCGGAAUGUUGCAAAGCUGUUCCGUCGGCAGAAUAGCUUUGCUGGCUUCCCAAGUGCUGCACUUAGCAUUUUCAAUAACAAUGCUAGCAACAAUAACAAUAACAACAACAAUGGGAAGAGUUCAAGUAAGCCUGUGCCGACGCCAGCGUCUACUGCUCCGGAGACAUCAACUACAGAUUCCUCAACAGCUCAGACAUGUACUGCCUCGGGAGCCGCAUCUGUGCCCACUUCAGCAGCACCUCCUGUGUCCGGGCCAUCGUCCUUGCCCAUGUACCAGCCUCCACCGGCUGCCAGUAGGCCACCCACUGGGUUCUAUUCUCUCCCGAGACACAACCGGCCUGGCUACCUCACACGGAGUUUAGGCAUAGGGUUUCACCUGCUGGCCAGAACACCACAAGGAGGGUCUUCAGGUCCCACAGCGGCAGAGCAACUUGGAAUCAAUACACCUUCGCUCCCGAAGUCUCAUCGGAGAAAUCUUAGUGAAGGAAACAAUGGGGAAGCCAAGCCCUUGUCAGUAAGUUCUCUCACCCGUAAAGGUUCCUCCAGCAGGGAUGCUCAGCAGUCUGGAGGAGAACCGAAGCUCAAGUCAUCCUCCUCAUCUUCAAAGCGAAGCAGUAGGGAUGGGGGUGAUGGCAAACCACGGCGUCGAGACCCGGACUACCAGACUCUUCCUCGUCGUUCAGCCAAGGAUGCAUCUUCAAAACGAUCUCCAAAGGAGGGAGACGCAAAGGGACAAUCAUCAAGGAGGGAGGUCGAGACGAAAUUCAGGUCUCUCCCCAGAAGGCAUGAAGGUGAGGCGAGGUAUCAGGCCAUUGGCAGGAGUGACCCCAAGUACCAAUCCCUUCCUAAGAGGCACAGCAGUGCAGAGACCAGGUUCACAGCUGUUCCUAAGAAGCGGGAUGGUGACCCUACACCUCCACCGAGCUCCUCACCAAAAAGACGUGUUGGAGACUCAACUCACUCAUCCUCAUCACCAAAGAGACGAGAAAGCCUUCCAAAUUACAUACCGUCUUCACCAAAGAGAAGAGACACAGGACCAGAUCAUGGGCAUGCACCACUUUCGCCUAAAAGACGCGACACAAUGCCCAGUCAUAUGCCAUCAUCCCCAAAGAAGGGUGAUGCCGCCCCAUCUGUCUCGCCCAUAAAACACGAGAUGUCAGUAGAGCAGCAGACACCUAAGCAGCAGGAGGUAGUGCAAGGGCCGCAGCAAACGAUGUCACCCAAGAGACGAGUUUCUGAACCCAAGUACCAGCAAAUCACACCGAAGAGGUAUGACUUUGAUCCUAAAUAUCAGGUUCUGCCGACCACAGGGAUCGAUGGUGAGCCUACAUACCACAUUCAUCCUCCAAAACGACCGGAUGUGGAGCCGAAAUAUCCGGAAUUGCCGCCCAACGAAUCAAAAUAUGAAACUGUCCCUUUAAAAAGACAUGACCAUUUUGACCAAAGGUACCAUCGAGUGUUACCACCAACUGUAGAUCUAAGAUACCAUCCUCUCCCUCCACGUCGGUGUGAUCCUGGUCCAAGAUACCAGACCAUACCACCAGUGAGGCAUGACGUGGAGCAUAGACAUCAUUACAUUCCUCAUCCGAGGAAUGAUGAAUCAAAAUUUCAGCCUAUUCCAAUGGGAAGGCCAGAUCUUGAACCAAAGUACCAGCCACUACCAGCCCCUAGACCAGAACUAGAACCAAAGUACCAGCCGCUACCAGCCCCAAGACCAGAACUUGAACCAAAGUACCAGCCGCUACCAGCCCCAAGACCAGAGCUAGAACCAAAGUACCAGCCACUACCAGCUCCAAGACCAGAGCUAGAACCAAAGUACCAGCCUUUACCAGCACCCAGACCAGAUCUAGACCCAAAAUACCAACCAUUACCAGCUCCUAGGCCAGAUCUUGAACCAAAAUAUCAGCCACCACCAGCUCCUAGACCGCAUUUAGAGCCAAAGUUCCAGCCUAUACCAGUCUCAAGACCAGAUUUAGAGCAAAAGUUUCAGCCCAUACCUGCCCCGAGACCAGACUUAGAGGCAAAGUUCCAGCCCAUACCAGCCCCUAGACCAGAACUAGAGCCCAAGUUCCAGCCCAUACCAGCCCCUAGACCAGAACUAGAGCCCAAGUUCCAGCCCAUACCAGCUCCUAGGCCAGAAUACCACACUGCACCACACUGCCGACCUGAUUUAGAAUCUAAAUAUCAACCCCUUCCACCCAGACGGCCAGACCAAGAGCCUAAAUAUCAACCACUGCCACCAGGAAGGCCCGAUCUAGAACCAAAAACCAACCGUUACCCCCUAGGCCUGAUAUAG